AUGUCGGCAGCAGCAUUAGAUUUAAUCGAGAUGUUUGACGGAGAAGGUGCCUUUGUGUUUGUCGAUCGUCAGCCAGGAUCCCUACCAGUCUUCCAUGUGCAAACCAGUGCAGACUUACGUUCCAGCGGAGUCCAAGCCGCCGGACAAUCGAACCAUGGCGUCAUCCUGGCAUUGGAGGAACUCCGCAGGUACCCAGGUCAACUGCGUCAGACGGUGCAAAGGAUUGCGAAUGAUCUGACACUCACCGCUGCCUUCGCUGAUACAGUGGACAUGGCUGAGUAUCUAGCGUCUGAGGCGCGAAAGAUUCCUUACACCCCAUAUAUUUCAGGCGCAGGUGUCAUGAUGGAUCACCUGGCAGGGAAUACAGUAUGA